AUGUUGCGCAAGCUAUAUGUUGAAGAAGAGGAGGAAGAAGAUUUCGGUCCCAUCUACGACACCGAUGAAAAGGUUGAAGAAUUCAAAGAGGUGGAGCAAGUUCUUGACCACGAAGAUGUGGUUGUGGUUAAGAAGGAUGAUGAUACUCUUAUAACAAACCGUCUUUCUAAGAAACCUAGAAGAAGGAGUGACCCAUCAGUUCCAAGUUCCAAGCAAUUACGAGGGAGGGAGUUUAUAAUGCUUGGAUUCCUAUUCUUGUGGUGUACCUUUAGUUGGGAAGCCAUGUUAUUGGAACAUGUUGUUCAUCAACCCACAAGUACAAAACGAUGA